CCUAUUCCAUUCUUCCAUCGCUGUGCUCCUGUGAACAUUUCCUGCUAUGCCAAGUUUGCAGAGGCCCUGAUCACCUUUGUCAGUGACAGUAGUGUCUUACACAGGCUGAUUAGUGGAGUUAUGACCAGCAAAGAGAUUAUAAUGGGACUUUGCUUGUUAUCACUAGUGCUGUCCAUGAUUUUGAUGGUGAUAAUCAGGUACAUUUCAAGAGUACUGGUUUGGAUCUUAACAAUUCUUGUUGUUUUGGGAUCACUUGGAGGCACAGGAGUACUGUGGUGGCUGUAUGCUAAGCAAACAAAGUUUGUCAAUGAAACUCUUACUGCUGAUCAGCUUCAAGUAGCCAAAGACAAUCUUCAGGCCCUCUUGGUCUAUGCCAUUUCAGCUACUGUCUUCACGGUUAUCUUGUUCUUGAUAAUGUUAAUUAUGCGCAAGCGAGUAGCUCUCACCAUUGCCUUGUUCCACGUGGCUGGCAAAGUUUUCAUUCACCUGCCACUGCUAGUCUUCCAGCCCUUUUGGACUUUCUUUGCCCUCAUCCUGUUUUGGAGCUACUGGAUCAUGGUCCUGCUUUUCCUUGGCACUACAGGUAGCCCUGUCCUAAACGAACAAGGGUUUGUGGAAUUCCGGGUUUUGGGCCCUCUACGAUACAUGUGGUGGUACCAUGUGGUAGGGCUGAUCUGGAUCAGUGAAUUUAUUUUAGCAUGUCAACAGAUGACUGUAGCUGGGGCUGUUGUGACAUACUAUUUUACAAGGGAGAAAAGGAAUCUGCCAUUUACUCCUAUUCUGGCAUCAGUAAAUCGUCUUGUCUGUUACCACCUAGGAACAGUGGCAAAAGGUUCUUUCAUUAUCACAUUAGUGAAGAUUCCACGAAUGAUCCUUAUGUAUAUUCAUUCCCAACUCAAAGGAAAAGAAAAUGCCUGUGCUCGAUGUAUGCUGAAAGCUUGCAUCUGCUGCCUUUGGUGUCUAGAAAAGUGCCUGACUUACUUAAAUCAGAAUGCAUAUACAGCCACAGCUAUCAACAGCACCAACUUCUGCACCUCAGCAAAGGAUGCCUUUGUCAUUCUAGUGGAGAAUGCUCUGCGAGUGGCUGCCAUAAACACAGUGGGAGACUUCAUGCUGUUCCUGGGAAAGGUCCUGAUCGUUUGCAGCACAGGCUUGGCGGGGGUUAUGUUGCUGAACUACCAGCGGGAUUACACAGUGUGGGUGCUGCCUCUCAUCAUCGUCUGCCUCUUUGCUUUCCUGGUAGCUCACUGCUUCCUGUCAAUUUAUGAAAUGGUUGUGGAUGUCCUCUUCUUAUGUUUUGCCAUUGAUACAAAAUACAACGACGGAAGCCCUGGUAGAGAAUUCUACAUGGAUAAAAUUCUCAUGGAGUUUGUGGAGAACAGUAGAAAAUCAAUGAAAGAAGCUGGCCGGGGAGGUGGAGCUGAAGGCAGAGAGCUAAAACCAAUGGCCUCUGGAGCAAGUUCAUCUUGAAACUAGCCAGCCAUUAUGGAACCCAUUGACAUUCCAAAACACUAUAUAUAAAUAAGCAGCCAAAAUCAGAAAAGGAACAGGGAUUUAAUACUUUUUUUAAUGAUUAUUUUUGUGAAACAUGUACUCUUUUCAUACGGGUGGCUUUUACAAGCAACUUUAUCAUUGUUCCUUUUUUUAAUCAUUGUGGUCAUGGAAAUGUUAAGAUUCUUAUCUGAUUAAGAUGCAAUCUAGAGGAGGAUUCAGUUAUUUUUAAAAGAAAUUAAAUCAAGACUAUUGGUUAGAGUAUCAGAUUUAUCAGAUGUCCCUCAAAAUUGAAAUGCAACCAAGAAUUACGUUUAAAUCAGCUCAUUUAGGAUUUUAUAUUUCAACUCAGAUGCAUCAAGUGACUUCUGGGGAAAUGUUUGAGUAAAAAACAAUUAAAAUUUUAGGUGUUUUUAAAAGGGUUUCAAUGAGAGUCAUAAUUAUAACUCAUUUGUAGUCAGUCAUUUUACCCACCAACCCUAAUGGGGCCUAGUGUUUUGUUUAUAAAUUUCAGAUAUCAAAAUAACCAACUCCUCAGGUAUUUAGAUGUUGUGGGAACCCCUGCAUUUCUAUGAAAGAGAAACUAGACAAUGGGAAAGGAUGAGUUUUAUAUGCAACUGUUUUCCAUUUUACUUUAUUUUUCCCUUUGAGUUCAGUAGCCUCCUUUGCACUUCAUAAGGCUCCUUUGAAGGGUAUGGAUUCUCCAAACGAGCAGUUGAACAAACUGAUCAUUAAAACUCAGCCUUAGCCAUACUCCUCAUGAUUCAUUCAUGACUAGAUAUAAGGAUGCUGGACAUGGGGAGAGAAACAAACUGUACAAAGAGUAUUGUAAGUUGUUUUUAUUUACCUCCAGAGAGAUUUGGGAAGUGUAAAUGUAAAUGGCCAGGCCUUGGCUGUUUUCUCAAUCAUAUUAGUGUGUACUGUAACCGGUGGGUAAAACAGGAGAGGGUAGAGAAACAUUUCUUUGGAAACGACACUGCCAUGGUAUCGAAAGUUAUCCACUAACCAUAAGAUAACUUGUUCAUUUUAAUUCUUGAGUGUUUUAAAAUUUUCAUUCCUGAAGCUUACCAGAUAUGAAUGCUAAUACUCCACUGUUCAGCUUAUUGUAAUGGUAAAUGCUUAGUGUAUUUGCUAAGAACUCAUGAUCUGUUCAUGCUAUAUACUCCUUUUUGUUACAAUUUUUUAAGAAAACUAUUUUUGUUAAUGUAAAGUAAAUAUUUCAGAGCAGAA